AUGAAUUUUAAAAAUAAUAAUAAUACUAAUAGGUAAGAGAAAGUUCGUUUUAAUGGUAAAAAAACCCUUAAUAUAAGUUUUUUGUUAAAAAUAAAAGUAUUUGUAAGAAUUAGACCUUUUAUAGAUGAAGAUUAUGAAGUUUCUACAGAUGUCGAAGAUUUACAAAAUUGUAUAUAAACAGAUAAAAACAGAUUAUUUUAAUUUGAUCACAUAUUCGACCCUUAAUGUAAUUAAGAAACUGUGCAUAAUUAAGUUGGUGAAAAAUUAAUAAAUGAAGUUUUUGAAGGAUAUAAUGGUGCCUUAAUUUCAUAUGGACAAACUGGAUCAGGAAAAACAUAUUCGAUUUUUGGCACGAGAAAAAUAUUAGAAUGUGAUAAAAACAGUGAAAUAUUUUGUUAAUAAAGUGGAAUUGUAUUCAGGAGUUUAAAAAGCGUUUUUGAAAAUAUAAACACGAAAAUGAAUUAGAGAUAAUUCAUGGUCACUUUAUCUUUUAUGGAAAUUUAUAUGGAAAAUAUUUACGAUUUACUUGAUUAAAAUAAAAAAAGAGAUUCUCUUUAAAUUAGAGAGGAUCCUAAUUCAGGAAUUUUCGUUAAUGGGCUUAUUUAAUAAACUGCAAAGACAUAUGAAGAAGCUUUUAAUUUAAUAAGAGAAGCUGUUAAAGGUAGGAUUACAGGGAAAACUAUUAUGAAUUCAACAUCAAGUAGAAGUCAUGAUUUAUUAUAAAUUUUUAUAGAAUAAAGAUGGAUUAGUUUUAAUAAGAACUAAAACAAAAAAUAAAAACAUUAUUAAAAAGGACUUCUUACAAUAAUAGACUUAGCAGGAAGUGAAAGAUUAACUAAAACAACUUCUUAAGGAAUAAGAUUAGAAGAAGCAAAAAUAAUAAACAAAUCAAUAUGUUCUUUAGGAAAUUGUAUAGCCGCAUUAGCUAAUUUAAAUAAAAAUAAUUUAAAAAAUAAUAAUUUUAUUGGUUAAAAUUAACAUAUCCCAUUUAGAGAUUCAAAAUUAACAAGAAUUUAAGUGAGAGUCUAUGUGGAAAUACCAAAACUAAUUCCUAGCAUGUGUAAAUCCGUCUAAUUUCAUUAUGAGGAAACUUUUUCAACUCUGCUUUUUGCAAGUAGGGCUAUGCUAAUUUCUGUAGAUGCAAUGAAAAAUGAAGAUGUAUAUUAUAAAAUUGUUAAAGAUAAUGGUAAAAUUUCAAGUUUAUCACCAGUUGAUAAAAUAAAAAGUGGGAAAAAAUAAAUAAAUGAAAAUGCUUAAAAUAGUUUUAAUACUUUUCUUAAUUAAACGCCUAAAAGUAAAUAUUAUAUUUAAAAAAAAACAAAUAAUAUAUCUAUAUCUAAUCAAAUAUAUUUAUAUAUAUUUUAAAAAUAUAUUUUUAUAUAUUUUAUAUAUUUAUUUAUAUAUAUUUUAUAUAUAGAUGAUGAAAUCAAAUAACUCAGAGAAGAAGUUGAAUUUUUAAAAUAUUAAAUAUAAAUUUAAUAAAAAUAAUAAAUUGAAAAUGAUUAUUAAAUUUCAAAAACACCAAGAAAGUAUAGUUUUAAUACAAAUAUAAAUAGUAAUACUGAUACAUCAGAGACUAAUAAUUAGUAAAAAUGUUUUUUAUAAGGUAAAUAUAUAAAAAAAAUCUUUAAUAUUUAUAAAUAAACAUAAGAAAUAAUAAUAUUGAUAAUAGUUAUAAUAAUAAAGAACUCUAGCUUAUAUAAAAAUAUAGCAUUAUUAUAUAAAAUUUGUAAUAAAAGCUUAUGA